GCAAACUGUAACCAAGCAAGGGGAAAAUAAUUUCUCGGUCUAUUUUAAUUUCAUGCAAAGGGUUUUAAGCAUCUGUAUUAUAAACUUACUUCUAUGCCUUGUACCCAGUCCAGCAGAAACCAGAGGAGUCCUGUCUGGGGACCCCGUCAUUAUCCGGGAGACCCGCCGCCCGCGGCCUGCCUUCGUUUACCCACAUCCCCCUGGAGCGGCUAUCUGUUUGGGGUAUCACAGCCUUUCCUAUAGAACUAUGGCCAAAUAUCCACGAAUGUUUUGCUAAUUCUGGGACUUAACUCCUGGAACCUACCUGCAGGAUUGGAAUUUAGCCUAAAUGCAUAUGAAGAAAUGACAUUUUAAACCAUUAAAAAAAUAUACCUUAAUGAUUUCCUGUGUAGCAGGAUUUGAUAGGCUUAACAACAUGACAGGUAAGAACUUUCUCUCUUUCUAGUCCCUUAACGCCCCACGCAGGGAAGGUCGAAGCGUAACGGGACCCUGGAGGAAGGAGAGCCCGGGGACCCGGGUGCCCUUCGGGGCUCACAGGCGCUCGGCCGGGCGGCUGCUUUCGAGAGAAGCUCAGCCCUCGCUCCUGCACGGUGGGGCCAGCGGCCAGGGAAGCUUCUGGGGCGCGCGCUGGGAGGCGGCGCGGCGCUCCACCUGCCUUGCCCCGGACACAGCCCCGGGGUGAAGCGUCCAGGGACCACCCCAAGUCAAUAUUGGGAUUUUUAAUAAACCAAGGAAUGGGAUUUUAAUUAUUUAAAACCCAGCUCCUCUGGGCCAGAUGCUGUUGGGAUGGUCCUAAUCACACAAUAUUAAAGAGACCCAUCACUAAGAGGACGAGAAAAGCGUCCGAGAACAGCGUCCGAGACAUCCGUUGCAAUUACGAAUGAACCAGAGACUUGGUAGCACGGGGCAUUGAUUGCUGGUGCCCAACCGGACCCUCCUCCCCUCUCCCCGUUCCUCCCCCCACCCGAGGCAGGCUCCGGCGGCGGCCGGGACCUCGCGUCCCUACAUCGUGGCCGGGGCCGCAUUUUUCAUGAGCCCGGGGUGAACAGGUGCGAAGUGCGCUGGGAGCAUCCAGCCAGCGACCGGGAGCGGGGAACAUGGAGAGCGAGCGCGACAUGUACCGCCAGUUCCAGGACUGGUGCCUCAGGACUUACGGGGACUCAGGCAAGACCAAGACGGUGACCCGUAAGAAAUACGAGCGGAUCGUCCAGCUCCUCAACGGCUCCGAGUCGAGCUCCACGGACAACGCCAAAUUUAAAUUCUGGGUCAAAUCGAAGGGCUUCCAGCUGGGCCAGCCGGACGAGGUCCGCGGGGGCGGCGGCUGCGCCAAGCAAGUGCUUUACGUGCCGGUCAAGACCACGGAUGGUGUAGGGGUAGAUGAGAAGCUGUCUUUGCGGCGGGUAGCUGUGGUUGAAGAUUUCUUUGACAUUAUCUAUUCGAUGCAUGUGGAAACAGGGCCAAAUGGAGAACAAAUUCGGAAACAUGCUGGACAAAAGAGAACUUACAAAGCAAUUUCAGAGAGCUAUGCCUUCUUACCAAGAGAAGCGGUGACACGGUUUCUAAUGAGCUGCUCAGAGUGCCAGAAAAGAAUGCAUUUAAACCCAGAUGGAACAGAUCACAAAGAUAAUGGAAAACCUCCGACUUUGGUGACCAGCAUGAUUGACUACAACAUGCCAAUUACCAUGGCCUACAUGAAGCACAUGAAGUUGCAGCUGCUGAACUCACAGCAAGAUGAGGAUGAAAGUUCAAUAGAAAGCGAUGAAUUUGAUAUGAGCGAUUCAACACGGAUGUCAGCCGUGAACUCUGAUCUUAGCUCCAAUCUUGAGGAGAGAAUGCAGAGUCCUCAGGCUCUUCAUGGGCAGCAAGAUGAUGAUUCUGCUGCAGAGAGCUUUAAUGGCAAUGAGACUCUGGGGCACAGUUCAAUUGCUUCAGGGGGAACACACAGCAGGGAUAUGGGUGACUCCAAUGGCGAUGGCAAAACUGGGCUGGAGCAGGACGAGCAGCCACUGAACCUGAGUGACAGCCCCCUCUCCGCUCAGCUGACUUCGGAAUACAGAAUAGAUGACCACAGCAGUAAUGGAAAAAACAAAUAUAAGAAUCUUCUGAUUUCUGACCUCAAGAUGGAACAAGAGACGAGAGAAAAUGGAAGCAAGUCUCCCGCACACAGCUACUCAAGCUACGACUCUGGCAAAAAUGAGAGUGUAGACCGAGGUGCCGAGGACCUGUCUCUAAACAGGGGCGAUGAGGAUGAAGACGACCACGAUGACCACGACGAUUCUGAGAAAGUUAACGAGACUGAUGGCGUUGAGGCAGAGCGGCUGAAAGCUUUCAAUAUGUUUGUCAGGCUGUUUGUAGAUGAAAACUUGGACCGAAUGGUCCCAAUCUCUAAGCAGCCCAAAGAAAAGAUCCAGGCUAUCAUUGACUCAUGCAGGCGACAGUUCCCUGAGUAUCAAGAGCGUGCCAGAAAACGUAUACGUACUUACCUCAAGUCCUGCAGGCGGAUGAAAAGAAGUGGUUUUGAGAUGUCUCGACCUAUUCCUUCCCACCUGACUUCAGCAGUUGCAGAGAGUAUCUUGGCUUCAGCCUGUGAGAGUGAGAGCAGAAAUGCCGCCAAGAGGAUGCGCCUGGACAGACAACAGGACGAAUCUGCCCCAGCUGACAAACAGUGUAAACCAGAGGCGGCCCAGGCCACUUACUCAACCUCAGCUGUUUCAGGCUCCCAGGAGGUGUUGUACAUCAACGGCAAUGGGACCUACAGUUACCAUAGUUACAGAGGUCUAGGAGGGGGACUGCUUAAUCUGAAUGAUGCUUCCAGUAGUGGUCAGGGCUAAGAUUGAAAUUUUCCUGAUCAAGAAAACUGCCCUCAAGCUUUAUUAUCAAACACUAAAUGGCUUUGGAAAUUAGACUAUGCUGCAGAAUGGACAAUGAUUCUUAAUGAAUUCAAUCUAAAAUUAUAAGACAAAACAGUAUUUAUAUGUGACGAUUAUGCUGUGGUAAUACCAUUGUGCCGAUGACCAACACUUUUUGAAUACCAUGGAACUGCUAGCUGCUUUAUAAAUGCAUACUGUUGAAGCUAAAACAACGAGGUAAAUCUACAUUUCAAUACACAUUUCCAGUGGAUAUUUUUACUGAGCACAUACUACAGGCUCAGCAAUGCUUUAUGGGACUUCAUGCUAGUGCAAAAUAAAUUCCCAUAUUUCAGAAUAAUUUCACCAUUCAGUUGAAGAGCUUCUGGCUUAAUUGUCUAUUGGAAGUGAUUAAUCUUCAAUGCAUUGACAAAUUAUGAGGUAAUAAGAAAAUCUCGAAGACUAUAAGUGAUUUAAAAAUGAUGAACACACUCUCAAACUCACAAAAUCCCCAUACAGAUCCACAUUAACAGGGAACAUAAAUUUGAAACCCCAGUUAAGCAAAAUGCUGUCCCCCCUCCUAAGAAAAAGAAUUUCAUUCUUAGUAGACAUAUAUAUUUUGUAAUGUAUUUAUCAGUUGUUGUAUUUUGAGUUUUGUUCAUGAAAGUUUUGUGAAAUCUUGUAACAGCAAUUUUAAUAUUUGUGAGGGGAUAUAUCAUUGUGGCUUUGACUUGCAUUUUCCUGAUGAUUAGGUCAUUUUUAACACCUUUUAAGGUAUCUGUUGGCCAUAUAUAUGUAAUCUUUGAAAAAUUGUUCAGAUCAUCUGCCCAUUUAUUAAUCAGAUUUUUUUUUGCUAUUGAAUUGUAGGAGUUUGUAUAUGUUUUGAGUAUUAACCCCUUAUCAGAUCUAGGAUUUUCAAAUAUUUUCCUCCCAUUUGGUCAGUUGCCUUUCAUUUUGUUGAUGUUUUCCUUUGCUGUGCAGUGUUUUUUAAAUUGAUACAGUCCCAUUUAGUUUUGCUUAUUGCCUUUACUUUAAUGUCAAAUCCAAAAUAUCAUAGCCAGAUUGAUUUCAUGGUGUUUAUCAUCUAUUUUUUCUUUUAGAGGUUUUAUGGAGUCAGGUCUUUAACCUACUUUGGGUUAACUUUUGUGUAUAGUUUAAGAUAGAUUCUUUUGCAUGUGGCUGUCUGAUUUUCCCAACAUGAUUUAUGAAAUAGACGGUUCUUUCUGCACUGUGUAUUCCUAGCUCUUUUGUCAUAAUUAAUUGACCCUAUACGUGUGUAUUUAGUUCCAGGCUAUUUUGUUACGUUGGUUUCUGUGUCUGUUUAUGCCAUACUAUUUUGAUUACUCUAGCUUUGUUAAUAUUGUUUGAAAUCAGGGAGUAUGUUGCCUCCAGCUUUGUUCGGUCUCAGGCUUACUUUGGCUAUGUGAGGUCCUAUGUGGUUCCAUACAGACUUUGUGUUUGACAGUUUUACGUUUUCCUUUCCAAUGUGGAAUGCUUUUAUUAUUUUUUUUUCUUAAUUGCCCUGGCUAGACUUUCAGUACUAUAGUAAAUACAAGUGGUGAGAGUCAAGUUCUCAAAUAUGUUGUAUUUUAUCAAAUGUUUGUACCUAUUGAAAUUAUCAUGUGUUUUAUAUACAUUUUGUUAAUGGAACAUCAUUGAUUGAUUUGCAGAUAUUGAACCAUUCUUGCAUCCUUGGAAUAAACCCACCUGAUCAUGCUGUGAUCCUUUCAGUAUAUUGUUGAAUUUGGUUUACUAGUUUGUUGAGGAGUUUUGCCUAUACGUUAAUCAGAGAUAUUGGCCUGUUAUCUUUUUUUACUGUGUCCUUGUGUAAAUUUGGUAUUUAAGCGUACAAUUACAGAAAAUCAAAACACGAAGACAGCAAGAAGAGAGGAACAGAGGAUUUGCAAAAAGCCAGAAAACAAUUGACAAAAUGGCAAUAAAUAUGUGCUUAUUGAUAAUUACUUUAAAUAUAAAUGCCUAAAUUCUCCAAUCAAAAGACACAGAGCAGCUGAAUAGAUAAAAAAAUAAAACCCAUUUUGAAGCUCCCUACAAGAGACUAACAUUAGAUCGGAUCUAAAUAUAUAUAUAACCUGAAAAGGAAGGGAUGAAAAAAAAGAUAUUCCAUGCAAGUAAUGGAAGCAAAAAACAAAGCUCGGGUAGCAAUACUUGUACCAGACAAAAUAGACUUUAAAACAAAGACUUUAACAAAUAGACAAAGAAGGGCAUUACAUAAUGAAAAAGGGAUCGAUAAAACAAGAUAAUAUAAUAGUCGUAUAUACGUAUGUACCCAACAUAGAAACACCUAAUUAUUAAAAGCAAAUAUUAACAGACAUAAAGGGAAAAAUGGACAUUCAUACAAAAAUAGUAGGGAACUUUUUUUUCUUAAUCUAGUUAGUUAACAUACAGUGCUAUGUUGGUUUCAGGAGUAGACUUUAGUGAUUCAUCACUUACAUAC